ACCGAGUGCCAAAAGCCGCGAAGUCGUCGAAACGAAGACCGGAAACGGAAACUCUGUCUCGUCGGUGGGUCGCUGCCUGCAGCAGCUUCGGUAAAACCUCCAAGCAAGGUGGUGGAAAUCACGACGUACGUGCAUCAAUAUAACAGUGGAAAGUAAAAAUGGCUCUUGAAUCGCGGAUCACACAGGAAGAAAUCAAGAAGGAACCGGAGAAGCCCAUUGAUCGGGAGAAGACCUGCCCUCUUCUGCUGCGAGUGUUCACCACCAACAGCGGCCGACAUCACAGAGCAGAUGAAUUUGCUCGUGGCAACGUUCCCUCCAGCGAACUGCAGAUAUACACGUGGAUGGAUGCUACUCUGAAGGAGCUGACCAGCCUGGUGAAAGAAGUGUAUCCAGAGGCCAGGAAAAAGGGAACUCACUUUAGCUUUGCCAUAGUCUUCCCUGACCCCAGGGGGAAAGCAUACAGGUUGAAAGACAUCGGCAGUACUGUAUCCGGCAGGAAGGGCGCAGACGACUCCAUGACGUUGCAGUCUCAGCGCUUCCAGAUUGGAGACUAUCUGGAUAUAGCUAUCACGCCUCCUAACAGAGCCCCGCCCCUUAGCACACGCAUGAGGCCAUUCUGAACAUCCCCACACACACACACACACACACACACACACCAACAUGCAUAAAGCCAGACACAUAACUCUUUUGCAUCUCCGUCAUCGUUUUUUUUGCCUCAUUUAAUAAAAUGUGAUGUGUAAUAAAGCUGUCAAUUUUUUCCAAAG